GUAUAUUUGCCUAAACCUAGUCCCCGAGCGCUAGAAGGCUCCAUAGAACCCAGGGGACCCUCGAGCGAGCACGAUGUCGGAGCUCGAUCGAGGCAUUCGAUCGAAAUAACUCUUGAAUAUCCCUCCACCCCUGUCGAAUAUUGAUAAGUUUUCAAAGAGAGCUCUACCCUCCGCCUUCUGAUGGAUGAGUAUCCAUUUUCCCCACCCAAAACGUCGAAGUCGUGAAGGACACCCGGAAGAUGAGUGUCUCGAGCUCCUCAUCGGAAAACUGAAACUCUGAGGUAUUUUUUGCCUCCUUGCAGCAGUGGAGAUGGCAACCCCGGUCGACCUGACUGAGGAAAAGGAUGGAGGAGUUCUCAAGGAGGUUCUCCGAGAGGGAGAAGGCGACUCGUCGCCUUGCGAAGGUUCCACUGUGUACGUCUACUACCACGGAACUCUCGAGGAUGGAACAGUUUUCGACAGCUCCAAGGACCGCGGAGAAGAAUUCAAGUUCCAGUUGGGAGUCGGCCAGGUGAUCAAAGCCUGGGACAUCGGUGUCGCUUCGAUGAAAAAAGGCGAACUGUGCCGGCUGACCUGCAAGUCCGAGUACGCAUACGGCGAAAAAGGAUCCCCCCCGAAGAUUCCGCCGAACGCGACUCUCUUCUUCGAAGUCGAACUUCUCCGCUGGUCCUUCGAGGACAUAUCACCCGAUAAGGACGAAUCCAUCCAGAAAAGAAUCAUCACCAAGGGGGAAAUGUACUCGAACCCCAAAGACCUCUCGGAGUGCACGCUGCACCUCAGAGGGCAUCACAACGGACAGGUAUUCGAUGAACGCGAUGUGACCUUCCUUGUAGGGGAGGCGGUUCUCAAGGACGUCCCCGAAGGAGUCGAGAUAGCCGUUCAGACAAUGAAGAAAGGCGAGAAAGCUGAGAUCAUCUUGAAGGGCAAGUACGCGUCCGGUCCGAAAAUCCCCGCUGAUCUCAAGGAAGUCUCGUACACCGUGACUCUGCACAAUUUCGAGAAAGCCCGAGAGAGUUGGGAGAUGGAUCUGGAUGAGAAGCUCGAGACCGGUGAGAAGGACAAAGCUCGAGGCACCGAGCAUUUCAAGGCAGGUCGCUUCAAUCAAGCUCUGAAGUACUACGAGCGGGUUCACGAAUUCAUGAAGAACGAAACUCCGACUGACGAAGAGAAGCUUGCCAAGCGGAAUGCUCUUCAUCUGUCGGCGCUGCUCAACAUGUCGUUGACUCAUCUGAAGAUGGAUGAGCAUCUGAAAUGCAUUGCCAACUGUGAGGAGAUAAUCGCCAUGGAUGGUAAGAACGUCAAGGCGAUAUUCCGUCGCGGUCAGGCCAAACUCUCCAUCAAGGAGUACGAUGAUGCCGUCGAAGACUUCACCAAAUGUGUGGAAUUGGAACCCGACAACAAAGCUGCGCAGUCCCAACUCCGAAUCGCCAAAGCUAAGCGGAGAGCUCAACUGGAGAAAGAGAAGCAUCUCUACAAGAACAUGUUUGCCAAGCUGUCUGAGGCGGGCGCCGAUGACAAGGAGGAAAAGCCCGAGGAAGGAGUUUGGACGAACAAAGAGAGUUCCGGUGACUCCAAACCGGAAUCGGCUUGAGCUCCUCCCAGCUCUCCGCAAUUCAAUCGAAUGGAAGUUAAGCAUGAUGGAGCACCAUGAGGAUGAUGAAUUUUAUAGAGGCGGGACUAACGAGGAGAGAGGAAUUCAUUCCAUGUAAAUAAAUUCCUGUGCUUCAUU